AUGGCGAGUCACAGAAUAGGAGAACUUGGUUUGUCUGAGUCAGGGCCUUCAAGUCACCAUGUCCCUUAUGGUGUGCUUCACGGGAUUAAUUCUCCUGCAUCAAGCUUAAUCAAUCAAGGAUCUGCUUUUGAUUUUGGAGAGCUGGAAGAAGCAAUUGUUCUGCAAGGAAUUAAGAGUAGAAAUGAUGAAGCCAAAGCAUCUUUAUUCACAGGCAGACCUGCAGCUACACUGGAAAUGUUCCCUUCAUGGCCAAUGAGAUUCCAGCAAACCCCAAGAGGAAGUUCAAAGUCAGGAGGGGAAAGCAAUGAUUCAGCUCUUUCAAGCAAAACUGAACCACCCUUUGAACCAGAAUCUCCGAUAAGUAAAAAGGCAUCUUCUUCAGAUAAUCAGGCUUUUGAUCAGCAGCAUCUUCAGAUGGCAAGUGAUGCUCCAAGAACAGGUUCUUCACAGAAUCAAUCAGCAGCCAAAUCACCACAGGAAAAGAUAAAGGGAAUUGGUUCCACAUCAGAAAAACCACUUGAUGCAAAGACAUUGAGACGUUUAGCUCAAAACAGAGAGGCUGCAAGGAAAAGCCGUCUCAGAAAAAAGGCUUAUGUGCAGCAGCUAGAGUCAAGUAGAUUAAAGCUUACCCAGCUUGAACAUGACCUUCAAAGAACACGCUCUCAGGGAAUGUUUAUGGAUUGUGGAGAUUAAUAACAAAUUAACAAUGAUCUUGUUAUAGGAGCUGCAAUUUUUGACAUGGAAUAUGCAAGAUGGUUAGAAGAUGACCACCGGCUCAUGGCGGAGCUCAGGAACGGGUUGCAUGUGCCCUUAUCAGAUAGUGAUAUGAGAGCAAUCGUGGAUGGAUAUCUAUCCCAUUAUGAUGAAGUUUUCAGGCUCAAGGGUGUGGCUGCUAAAUCAGAUGUUUUCCACCUCAUCAAUGGCAUAUGGACUUCCCAAGCUGAACGCUGCUUCCUCUGGAUUGGUGGUUUUAGACCCUCUGAACUCAUCAUGAUGUUGAUCCAACAGUUGGAGCCACUAGCGGAGCAACAGAUAAUGGGCAUGUAUGGCCUGAGGCAUUCCUCACAGCAAGCAGAAGAGGCUCUGUCUCAAGGCCUUGAGCAGCUGCAACAGUCUCUAGUGGACACUAUAGCCGGAGGCCCCGUCGUUGACGGUGUUCAACAGAUGGUUGUUGCCAUGGGCAAGCUUGCCAAUCUUGAAGGAUUUGUUCGCCAGGCUGAUAACUUGAGACAACAGACUCUUCACCAAUUAUGUCGAUUACUGACAGUUCGUCAAGCAGCACGGUGUUUUAUUGUGAUUGGAGAGUACUAUGGUCGUCUUCGAGCCCUUAGUUCUCUUUGGGCAUCAAGACCACGAGAGUAA